AUGUCAGGCGAAGACUGUGAAGCCCUAGACAAAGGAGAUAAUGACGGUCAAAAGCCCGACAAAAUGUUCACCCUCAAAAAGUGGAAUGCUGUUGCGAUGUGGAGCUGGGAUGUAGAAUGCGAUACGUGUGCGAUUUGCAGAGUCCAAGUCAUGGGUGAGUCUUUUGGGAUAAAUAAAUACGACACACAUUGCUGCCUAACAUCUAGUUGA